AUGUGUUUGAGAGCUUUGCUGCUUGGUCUCUCGGUCUGUGUUAAUAAUCCUACUAUUUCUUUCCAGGACAUAAAUUGGGACUACGUGCUGGUCUGCAAACCCACAUCCACUGACAGCCCUGAAGAACAGAAGAGACAACAUUACAUUUCUGUUCUACUUAAGAAAGGCUUUAAGACCAAGAAAGUCCGGGAUGGAAAGGUAACGUUUUAUGGUGUCCGGGCCCCUACAGAUAUCUUCCACAAAUAUGUCCGGCUACUGCAUAACCCAGAUAAGGGCCACACAUCCAUUGAAAGCCCAGUUUCUCCAACAAGCAGGAUUCGAAUUGUACAUUUCAUUCUUCACAAUACUGCCAUUCUAUUCAGAGGAAAGGAAGAAAAACUGCAGGACCUUAUCAAAACGCAAGUUUUCGAGGCAGCAUUUCCUUUGCACACACGCAAAGAUCAAACCAGAGAGGGACUCAAAAAGAAAUGGGCAAGGUGGCGAGACAUCAUUUAUGUUCAGCCCAUAGAGGAAAUCAGGGCGUAUUAUGGGGAGAAAGUGGCGCUGUAUUUUGCCUGGCUCGGCUGGUACACCAUCAUGCUACUCUACGCUGCUGUGGUCGGACUCAUUGUUUUCUUUUAUGGAUUUGUACAUUUUGACAACAGCCAGAUAAGCCAAGAGAUCUGCAGAGCCAACAACACACUCAUGUGUCCUCUGUGUGAUCAGAACUGCCCCUACUGGCCCCUGUCGGAUACCUGUACAUAUGCCAAGGUGACACAUUUGUUUGACAAUGAAGGCACCGUUUUCUUUGCCAUGUUCAUGGCCGUCUGGGCCACUGUUUUCCUGGAGCUGUGGAAAAGAGCGCGUGCAAAUACCGUCUCCGGGUGGAACCUCUAUAACUGGGACGAAGAUGAGGAGGAGCUCGCCUUGGAGCUGAUAAAUGACCCAGAAUGCACCAUUAAGAAACAUGAACAUUCAUACUGGCGCUUUAUGGCAGUUCUUUUGGGAGCUGCAGUGGUGAUAGCAGUUCUGAUCGGUAUAGCCCAGGCUCUGGUCAUAUAUCGGGUGGUGGUGACUGUGUCCUUCAUGCGCUCAUCAUGGGAAUUCCUACGUGAACAUGCCAAUACCGCAGCCGUCAUGUCAGGGGCAGUUCUGCAUUACCUCACUAUCGUCAUCAUGACCAAGGUGAAUCGGGUUAUAGCCGGCUAUCUGUGUAACCUGGAGAAACCUCGAACAUUCACAGAGCGAGAAAACAGUUUCACAACCAAAGUGUUCACAUUUCAGUUCGUUACACAUUUUUCAUCUCUCUUCUACGUGGCUUUCUUUCUGGGACGAAGGUACUUUAGCUACAAAUGGCGCCUUAUGAAGGAUCGGAGAUGCAGGGUGCAUGGGGAGGAUGGAUCUGAAGACUCCGCAGCAGAGUGUUGGAGGACCAACUACAGGCUGGGUGCUGUUCAUGUCUUCAGCCUGUUUGAUGAAUUCCUUGAAAUGGUGAUCCAGUAUAGCUUUACUACAAUCUUCGUGGCUGCUUUCCCUCUGGCACCGGUUCUUGCCUUUUUAAACAAUGUACUAGAGAUACGACUGGAUGCCAUCAAAAUGACACGUUUGCAACGCCGUUUUGUGCCGAGAAAAGCAAAUGACAUAGGUAUCUGGCUGCAGGUUCUGGAGGCAGUUGGGGUUCUUGCUGUCAUUACCAAUGGUUUGGUCAUUGCUGUCACAUCUGACUUCAUCCCCAGGCUCAUAUACCUCUAUGUUUAUGGACCUUGUGCCAAUGGAAACACAGAAGGAAUAAACUGUCUUUCGGGAUACGUUGAUUCCAGUUUGUCUGUAUUCUACACAAAAGAUUUUGAGGAUCUGACGCAGGUCUCGCGGUCUCUGUACACGAAUGUGACAGAGUGCAGGUACCGAGACUAUCGCUCUGCAGCCGAUUACAGCUUUUCAACACAGUUUUGGCACAUUUUCGCUGCCAGACUUGGUUUUCUCAUUGUGUUUGAGCACGUGGCCGUAUGUAUAAAAUUUGUCGCCGCCUGGUUUGUGCCAGACAUCCCUCAGCGAGUGGAAAACUAUAACCUUGACAUGAAAAAGCAACACCUGCUGGAGGAGCUCAGUAUGAUGCCAGAGGAAAGUGAUGAAUAUCACAAGGAGGGCAGCCCCAAUUCUUACAGGGAUUUUCUUAUGGACGACAGAAUGAUAGAACGUUCUACGGAGGUGUGAGAGGACGCCUGGCUCAGAGCAAUGAGAUACCGUGGAACUGGGACCUUUCUAUAGAUGUACAAAGCCUGCUCAAAGCACAGUGCUGGCAUAAGGCUGCUGGCUGGCCCCACACUUCAUUAUUGUUUUUUUAAUUCUAUUUUUUUGUAAAAUAAAUGGUUUUUUUUAUUACAAA